AUGGAAAUAUUUCAAAAUGUACAAUUAUCAAACAUUUUCCAUUAUGUAGCGGCGAAGACAGAAAAUAGACCGAGGGGCAAAUGGAAUGUGGCUGAUUGCGAUGCAAAGAAGAUUUUGGGAUGGAAGUGGGACGUGAAUAGGCCUCAAGAUAGAAGAUGGACAAACGAGUUACAUCAUGGAAAGGAUCAAACGGCAAACCACGCAAAGGACGAUCCCAAAUGCGAGGACGACCUUUCUAAAACUGCUGGCUCUUACUGCCUCCAGGUGGCUUGUGUAAUGGCAAUCCUUGGAGGUGGGGUAUACCUGUAA